AUGAUUGAAGAGGACAAGGUCCUUGUGUUAUGCCAGGAGAGGAAGCGUUUUGUUAGAGAGGCACUUGAUGGAAGAUGCGCACUUCCAUGUGCUCACCGUGAUUACAUUGUGUCAUUUAGAGACACGGGAUCUCUUCUGAGAAGAUGUUUUGAAGGAGAAAAGUCUCCUGCAACUGCAAAUGAGGGGUGUCAUUUUCAAGAGUCAGAAGAUGGUUUGGACAAUCCGUCCACCGAAACAUUGGCACAGGUGCACAAGAACCCCAAUGAUUUGUCUGGUGAUAAUACUCUAACAGAACAGUCUAUUGCGUAUCAUGCCUCAGAUAGUAUAGCUUCAGAAAAUAUUGCUUCAGCAGACAGGCUCAAGGGCAAGAGGAGAAUAAUAGGUGCUAUCACAAAUUAA